CGCACAAGUAAGUCAACUGAUGAUAAGUAGUAGUCUAACCGUCCAGCAACAGGUAGGGACAUUUCUUCCGUAAUUUAACAUGUGUCGGAUACUUGCUCUACCAAUGUAAGCUAUUAUAAUAGGGUUUCGGAAAGCGGCGGUCAGAGAGACAUAUCCGACAAGGCAGCGGCUUUAGUACGAUUUUUGUUGUUGUUUUUUUUUCGCGCCUCGCACCGCACCGCAUGCAGGCUCUGUUUUGUCCCACUUCAUUGAUCCACCAAGUCCGCAAUACGCGGAGACUAAAGCGUGUGUCCGUCCCAUUGAUGAGAAAACAAACAGCAUGUCAUCUCCAGACAAGACAACCCAAAGGAAUGAAGUCCUGAAUAACAUACGGAGGUCCUCGAUGGUGGCGGGACAUGGGAGAAAACAGACGGAGUUUGAGAUGUCACAAGCCGCGUCAGCCUCACAACCUGGAGCGCAUAUUUCUAACAACAGGUUUCUGUGUGACGCCGAGGGCAUCACCAUUCACACAACUGUCACUCGACCGUCGGUGUCUCACCUACCCGGGCUCAAUCUGAACCCCCGGAUGUCCGUAUACAGCACAACUCGUCAAGUUAUCAGCCGUGCUUACAUUCAAGGACGCGCUUAUAACUUUCUGGAAAGACCAUCUGGGUGGAAAUGCUUCGUGUAUCACUUCUCGGUGUUCCUCAUCGUGCUCGCCUGUCUAAUCCUCAGUGUGCUCUCUACUAUAGGGCAGUACCAGGCUCUGGCACAUGGCACUCUCUUCUGGGUGGAGAUAGCGCUGGUGGUGUUAUUUGGUGUGGAGUAUGGUGUGCGGCUGUGGUCGGCAGGGUGCCGUAGUAAAUAUGUUGGCGUCUGGGGCCGGCUGCGCUUUGCCAGGAAGCCUAUCUCCAUCAUCGAUUUGAUUGUAGUGGUGGCCUCCAUCAUCGUACUGGUAGUCGGCUCCAAUGGACAGGUGUUUGCCACGUCUGCUGUCAGAGGGAUUCGCUUCCUGCAGAUCCUGCGUAUGCUUCAUGUGGACCGGCAGGGAGGAACGUGGCGUCUGCUGGGCUCUGUGGUCUUCAUCCACAGGCAGGAGCUCAUCACCACGCUGUACAUUGGUUUCCUGGGGCUCAUCUUCUCCUCCUACUUUGUGUACCUGGCAGAGAAGGAUGCUGUGGACAGCAAUGGAGCCAAUGAGUUUGGGAGCUACGCUGACGCCUUGUGGUGGGGGGUGGUAACCGUCACAACUAUAGGCUAUGGAGACAAGGUGCCUCAGACGUGGAUCGGUAAAACCAUUGCAUCGUGUUUCUCAGUCUUUGCCAUCUCCUUCUUCGCCCUACCAGCUGGGAUCCUGGGUUCAGGCUUUGCACUGAAGGUUCAACAGAAACAGAGACAGAAGCACUUCAACAGACAGAUCCCUGCAGCUGCCAUUCUCAUCCAGACUUCGUGGAGGGUCUUUGCUGUGGAGAACCCUGACUCGGCCACGUUCAAGAUGUUUGUGAGGAGGAGACCUGCUCUGCUCAGCUCCUCUGUAUCCAGUCCCAAGCCCAAGAAAACGGUGAAGCUGAGGAGGAAGUUGAAGAGCAGUGAGAAGGACGACGGGCCUGGUUCUCCCACUGUUCCCAGUAUCUCUUACGACUCAGUGUUCAAUAGUGGGAGGGAGCUCAGCUCUGAUGUCUACAGCACUGUGUGUACAGAUACCCAGCAGUCCUGGACCUCUCUUUCCUCCCUUACGUUCAGCUCUCCACUCCCAGUGAAAAAGACCCCUGGUUUGUUGGAGGUGCAGCACCCUCGUCCCCUCCAGAGGAACAGCAGCUUUGGGGACGAUCUGGACCAGGAGGACCAGUGUGUUCUGACCCCAGUCACCCACGUGUCACAGCUGCAGGGGAGUCACAGAGCAGCUAUCCACGUGAUCCUACGGAUGCGCUACUUUGUCGCUAAGAAGAGAUUCCAGCAAGCACGUAAGCCCUAUGAUGUGCGAGACGUGAUCGAGCAGUAUUCCCAAGGACACCUGAAUCUCAUGAUGCGCAUCAAGGAGCUACAGAGGAGAUUGGACCAGUCUCUAGGGAAGCUGACCCUGUUCCAGACUAGCUCAGACAAAGCCAAAGACAAAGGCACCAACACCAUCGGCUCCAGGCUCAACAGGAUGGAGGACAAGAUACAACGCAUGGACCAGACACUCAACCAAAUCGCAGAGUCCCUUACCCAGCUGUUGUCUGGGACAAGCCAGGGGCAGGGGGACAUGGGGGGAGCACAGGGGCAAGGUAGGAGGAGGUCACAGGGUGGGGCAGGUGUCCCCAGCCAGGAUAGCCUACCCAGCUACGAGCAGCUCUCCACCGCGACCCUCCAUCCACCCCUCAACCCCAGCCUCAGCCAAGACAAGAGCUCCUGAAUCGACCAUCCAUCCACUCCUCAACCCCAGCCUCAGCCAGGACAAGAGCUCCUGAAUCGAC